AUGGCAGCAGUCUUGCAGUUGUGUGUCAAGGAACUCUGCUUGGUGUACCACAUCACAACGGCCACAACAUGGCCCAAGCGCCUCAAACAGUUCCUGCGGGAGGAGAAUUUUUACACAUUUGCCAGUUUCAGCAUUGAAGGUGACAAGAAGAUGAUGAACAAGUCUGGUUUGGAGAUCAACCCCAACAACUUCAUCGACAUGCAGUGCAAGUGGAAAGUUCCAACCACAAACAAACACUACGAUUCCUUGGUCGAUGUUGCAACCAGCGUCAUCCACCCGUUCUACAAAGGCAUGAAGCAGAACUUCAACAAGGAGGAAGACCACAAACUGUGGGGGACCAGCCCGCUGCCAGACAACCUCAUCGAGUCUGCAGCAAAAGAUGCAUAUGCCACGUACAAGUCAUGGAAGAUAAUCGACAACAUCGUGACAGGUUGGGAUAUUGCACAAGAGCAGGAGGCUGCCCCUACCACCACUGCAAGUUUGCAGGAUGAAGAGGCAUGA